AUUAAUUGACAAAAGAAAAACAUUCAAAAUCCAAGAUAAAAUAAGUACAUCAUUAAUAAUGUAGAACAUUUUUGGCAAUGCACUUGAAUCGAUCUUCAAACUGAGUUUUUUUUUCCUAUGAAUGUGAUUAGCAAAGCAAAGAAAAGAUUCUCCUUGUGAAUGUUAAAAUGAAUCCAUGGACGAAAGACAGGAGGAAAUAGAGUGCAUAUCCCAGCAAGGAAUCAUAGAAACACAGCUUUCACCGAACGAGAUGAUGCCAAGCGUGGACAUAGAAUCACUCUGCAUUUCUAGCAAUCGUCAUGGCCAUACCUCAAACUCAAAGGGUAGAAAUUGGUGGGUGAUAUUUCAACUAGCAGUACAAAGUCUUGGAGUAGUUUAUGGUGAUAUUGGAACAUCACCUCUUUAUGUAUAUGGAAGCACAUUCUCCAAAGGAAUACGUGAUGAGGAAGACAUUCUGGGAGUUCUUUCAUUAAUUUUCUAUACACUAACCCUAAUCCCAUUAAUCAAAUACAUUUUUAUAGUCUUGAAGGCCACAGAUAAUGGUGAUGGUGGAACAUUUGCUUUGUAUUCCUUUAUAUGCCGACAUGCCAUGGUUGGUCUGACACCAAAUGAGCAAGCUGAGGAUAGUGAGGUCCCCGAUUUCCAACCUGACUUGCCAAAAGACCGACUAAAAAGGGCAUCAUGGAUAAAAUCCAAGCUAGAGAAAAACGUUUUUGCAAAGUACUUUCUAUUGUUUUCCACCAUGCUUGGCACCUCUAUGGUGAUUAGUGAUGGUGUUCUCACUCCUUGUAUUUCAGUUCUAUCUGCUGUUGGAGGCAUCAAGCAAGCUACACCUGCUAUGACUGAAGAUGCGAUUGUUUGGAUAUCAGUAGGCAUUUUGGUUUGCCUAUUUAUGGUACAGAGAUUUGGAACUGACAAAGUAGGUUACAGUUUUGCGCCAAUUAUGUGCUUGUGGUUUGCAUUCAUCAGUGGCAUUGGAGUCUAUAAUAUCUUCAAUUACGAUCCAACUGUUAUUAAAGCUGUAAACCCCAAGCACAUCGUAGAUUACUUCAGGAGGAACAAAGGAGAAGCUUGGAUUUCACUUGGUGGUGUAGUACUAACCAUAACAGGAAGUGAAGCUCUUUUUGCCGAUGUGGGACAUUUCACUGUUAGGUCCAUUCAAAUCAGCAUGUGCUGUGUAACAUACCCGGCUCUUGUACUGGCAUACACUGGCCAAGCCUCCUUCCUUCGCAAGCACACAAACUUAGUUGCGGACACAUUUUACAAUUCAAUUCCAGGCCCUUUUUAUUGGCCAAUGCUUUUGGUGGCUGUAUUGGCAGCCAUCACAGCCAGCCAAGCGAUGAUUUCUGGAACUUUCUGCAUAAUCCAACAGUCUCUCUCAUUGGAAUGUUUUCCUCCUUUGAAGAUCAUACACACAUCGAAGAAGUAUGAAGGGCAAGUUUACAUUCCAGAAGCGAACUACAUACUGAUGCUGGCUUGUAUAGGAGUGACUUUAAGUUUCAAAAGCACUGCAAAAAUUGGCAAUGCCUAUGGGAUAGCAGUGAUGUUCGUAAUGCUUCUCUCAUCCUGUUUCCUAGUUCUUAUCAUGGUAAUGGUAUGGAAAACUCACAUGCUUUUGGUGAUUUUCUUUGCUGCUACAAUUGGUGCUGUGGAGCUCAUGUAUCUAAGCUCGGUGCUCUACAAAUUUGAUCAAGGAGGAUACCUUUCACUUGCGUUAGCGUUAGCGUUGACCGCUAUGAUGUUAGUUUGGAAUAAUGUCCAAGGAAGAAAGUACUACUAUGAGCUUGAUUACAUGGUUUCUUUUGAGAAUGUGGCAGAGAUUGUUAAUAACUCGAAUCUGUGUCGACUACCUGGCCUUGCCAUCUUUCAUACAGAGGUUAUUCAAGGCAUUCCACCUAUCUUCAAGCAUUACAUAGAUAAUGUCCCUGCCUUGCACUCUGUUAUUGUUUUUGUGUCUACUGAAUCUACACUAACAGCCAAAGUUUUGGACAAAGAGCGCUUUGUGUUUCGUAGACUUGAUGACAAAGAACUGAUAUUUCAGUGUACUACAAGAUAUGGAUACACUGAACUGGGAAAAGAAGCAUCAUUUCUCGAAAUACAAAUACUUGAAAACCUGAAAGAGUUCAUAGAGGAGGAGCGAAAGGGACAGGACCGGAGCCUGCUGGAAACUGAAAUUGAGGCAGUGGACAAAGCAUGGCAUGCUGGGGUUGUCCAUUUGAUUGGUGAGACUGACCUGAUUGCCGGUAAAGGAUCAAGUCUGUCGAAGAGAAUUUUGAUCAAUUAUGCUUACAAUUUCUUGAAGAAAAACUCAAGACAGACUGACCAGUUGUUUGAUAUUCCUCACCGGCGCAUGCUUAAAAUUGGUAUGACUUGUGAGCUUUAGAAUACGAUAAGAGUAGCUCAUAGGAUCAGAUUACUUGAGAGACUAUAUCUUUUCUUUUCUUUCAUUGAGAGUAGCUUAAGAAAUCAAUUAUUUUUUUAUGAAUAUGAUUAUAUAUAUAAAAUAAUUAUUGUGGAAUCAGAACUUUUUGUUGGGACAAUGUUGGACUGGAGGGGUUUGAUGCUGUUACUCUAAUAUGGUUAUUGUGUAAGAUGGAAAAGGGUCGAUACGGUAGUUUUGUUGA